AUGACAAACAGUACAACAGCAACAGCAUUGCAUCCAUUAGUCCAGUGGGCUCAGCGUGAUAAAUUACUUUAUUUGACUAUUGAAAUUGAUAAUGUAGUCGAUCUCCAAAUUACCGAAAAGUCUCUUCAAGUCAAAGGUACAUAUGGUGGUAGCAAGGCACUUUAUGAAGCUACUUUGGAUUUUUAUGCUGGAGUUAAGACGGAUUACCGUAAGAUUGCUAAUGACAGACAUUUGGAAUUGGUUAUCAACAAGGAAACAGCAUCAUGGUGGCCCCGAUUGUCUAAGAGUAGUGCCAAGCUUCCGUGGGUGAAGGUUGAUUUUAACAAAUGGAAGGAUGAAGAUGAAGAUGAGGAUGAUAUGAAUGGUGGUGAUCUUGAUUUCCAGAAUUACAUGUCUAAGUUGGAUGCAGGUGGCGCUGGUGCUCCAAAUCUGGAUGAUUUUGAUGAUGAUGACGAGGAAGAUGGAGAUGAUGAUAUGCCAGACUUAGAAGAUGUUGAUGACGAAGCAAAAGCAGGAGCUGCAACGGACGAAGAAAAGAAAGAUAAGGUCGAAGCUGGUGAUCAGAAAGAAGGAGUUGUGGAACAGUCAUAA